CUCCAAUGCCAGAUAGAUUUAAAAAACGUGUCGUUAAACCCCGAGGUGUAUCGAACCGGAACCGUGGAUUGGCAUGGAUAAGGAAAAAUGCCAGCGAUGGUGUAUUCUAUUUUGCUGACGAUGAUAAUACAUACGACUUAGAAAUAUUUGAUCAGAUGCGAUAUACAAAAAAAGUAUCGAUGUGGCCAGUAGGGCUAGUUACAAAGUAUGGACUCAGUAGUCCCAUUGUUCGAAAUGGAACUAUAUUCGGAUUUUAUGAUGGAUGGAUUGGAGGUCGGAAGUAUCCUGUUGAUAUGGCCGGAUUUGCUGUAAAUGUAAAGUUUUUCCAAAGUCGACCGAAAGCGAUAAUGCCCUAUCAUGCAGGAUAUGAAGAGGACAAAUUUCUUAGAAGCCUUGCACCACUUAAUAUCACUGAAAUCGAACUACUUGCAUCAAAUUGUACAGAGAUACUAACGUGGCAUACACAAACCAAAAAAAAUCCAGUUGCAUCUCCACUUGAUAUGCACAAGUACAAUGGAACGAACUUAGUUAAUCUACAUAAAUUGAUAGUAUGAAAACCAAAUCAUUUAAGUAUUUUAAAUCUAAAUAGAGAUUAAAAAAUUGAAAUGAUAUAAUUAAUGGAAACACAUGUCACAACCUACAAACGAAAAACUCGUACUUAAGAUAGAUAUUAUAAUUUAAAGAGAACAUGUAAAUAUUCGAGCAAUAAAUGUUUUUUCCACUAACGAUUUCUUCCAACUAAAUUCACUCAUUUUUCAUCAUUAAUAUGAUUUUUGAUAAUAAGUUGAAAUUGGAACCAAAAGCUAAUAUUACGAGUAUUUUCAUAUGCCAUUGUUAUUGGGAAGGAAAAUGACUUUGUGCUUGACAAAAAAAAUUGAAAUUGGCCUUAUGGAAGACUUGUUGAAAAAAAUUACGUUAAUUAUUCGUAUUAUUACUGACUGGAAAGUCUAUUGGUGGGAUGAUUUUUUUCAAUUUAUAUUUUGUAAAGGCAAGUGGGUUUUCUGGUGAUUCUGUUUGCGUUAAAAGAAAGCAUGUUUAUUGUUUGUCGUCGCCGUCACUUUUUUUUUAACUUUUUGCGGGAUUUAAACAGAUAACGGUUUAAUGUCUUGAAUAAAUUUGUAGAACAUAAGAUCUUCUAUAACUUUGGUGUGCGCAAUAAUCCCUUAACUCUUACCAGUUCCGCGAAAAAGGCAAAAAACUGUUGUAAUGAACCAUACUUCCAUUUUUUACUACGAUGUUGAACAAACUUACGUUUUUUUUCUCCUCAUUAAUAUAAGUAUAAAACGAUUACAGAAUAAUAAUUGAUAAAUACAAAUUAAGAUUAAAAAUAAUUGAUUAAUUAAAAGAAUGACUAAUCGAAAAUCGAAAUCCAAAGAACUUACUAAACAGAGAAAAACAUAAUCUUAAGUAAAAUAGAAGCAAGCAUGAACAUAUCGAAUUAUUUUCUUUAUUGACUGGUAAAUUUUUAAUAUAAAUAAGUAUUUCUUCAUAAUAAAUAAUCACGUAAUUAGUAAGCAAACAAUGAAUAAAUAUAAAUUUAGGCAGAACUUGACUUAUCUUCCAAAAUACAAUAACUAAAUUUGAUUCUUUAACUUAUCAAUUGAAAAUUCAGAAACCUUACCGAUACAUUUUUUGAACAGUGUGACACGUUAAUUUGAAGAAAAGCAAGUUAUAUGUCAGACAGAAAUUCGCUAGUUAUUUGUUUUUAUGUUUUAAUACAUUUAAUUCAAUUGAUGACUUUCCGAAAGUCUCAAAAAGUUUAUUUAUUCCUAGUCGGAAGAAUAAAUCGGUUUUUGUCUCCUUGUGCGUUACAGAAAAAUGCCUAUUGUAUAAAACUGAGUCUAUCCGACCGAACUUUUGAAGAAAAUUUUCGGUUUUUUAAGCGUAUCUUCAGAAUUCAAAAAUGACAUCGUAUCUAAUUUUGAUAUAUUUUCAAUAGAAAAUGAAAAAUCAAAUAUGCUCGUUACUUAGCUUUUAUACAGUAUUUAUGUAUAAGAAAGCCAUAAUUUCUAUUCUUUAUGUCAAUAUGAAAUCUUGAGGUGAGAUGUCAUAAACGACUGAAAAAUCAUAUUUCCCUACCAAAUAGAACUUAUUCCGAAAUUUUGCUCAAAUACAGUCGAUUCUGAUACAGUAGAUCUUUUUCAAUAGCGUAUAAGGAGAAAUGACAAAAAUCCGACAGAAUUUUUUUCGGAAUCGUCAUAAAUAUGACAUGGAAAAUCGUCCAUACUUUACUUUUCUUCUCACGUUUAUGAUAUUAAAUGCUCUUCAUUCAAAGAAUCGAAAUACCAUUACCAGUAAUGAAAUUUGUGUGUAAUAUUUUCCAUUAUGUAGAUAAAUUGAAGUUUUCAAAACAUAUACUUUAAAUUGUAUUUUCUUAUCAUAUUUCUUUGUUCCGAAAAACAACAAAUAAAGUGAUUAUUCAUAACGAA